CUCAUGAUUCCAACUUACACAUACACCCCGUUACUUUUCAACUAAAAGAAAUAAGGAGUGAAUUUGUGAAGAUCUUGUAUCAGUGUAAUCUUUAAAAGAUGUCCGAUUCGGAAAAUGUAGAAACAAAGAAAAGGGGGCGUCAAUCAGCCACAGCUGAAAAGCGAGCGCGUGCACCUACACCACCACCGAAAAAAGACGAUAAAGUCUCGGCUGCAUCGGACGGCGAGACACCCUCGAAACGUAGUCGAGGUCGUCCGAAAGGUACAGCGAAGAAAAAUGGCGGCAACAAAGCAUCCAACAAGAAAUCAAGUGGAAAAGGACGUGGACGUCCUACUAAAAAGAAGGAUGAUUCCACCGAGGAGGAGACUGAAGAUAAUGAUGAAACCGAGGAAAAUGAUGACGAAGAUGAUUCGGGUUCAGAUGAAUAGGCCAAAGAAUAGUUCGCGCUUAGACUAGUAGAGUGUAUGGCGCUAGAAUGGAGAUGAGGCCGGAAAAUUAAAAUUGAAUUGUGUUCUUUUGAUAGAAGUAAGAAGUUUUGAAACAGUAAUAAGAAAUGAAGGCAAAAAACUAUUAAGUUUUUAAUCGUUCGUUUUAAGUUCUGUCCAAUAAAAUAUUAUGUAAAAAUAAUUGAUGCUCUUUUGAUAGUAGAAAUUUAGUUUUUAAAUUCACAAGAACUGUAACGGAAUGCAACAGUUAUGUUUUCUUGAAAUAAAAUACUUAAAUUGUAAGACUAA